GGAAAUAAACGCUAGAACACAUCCAUGGAGGAGAAAUUUUUGAAGGCUAGGCAAGAGCGUAUGGAAAAUAAUGCCAAUCGUUCAAGAGACACGUCGGAACUCGCGCAGCUUCGACAACAGUUCAAUGAUGAAUUUACUAAAAAGGAGAGAGAGGUAGACUAUAGAAUUAAUCAAGGUUCCCUGGAAGAUGCACAACAAAUUCUGAAUCAGAUGAGAGCUCUCGUACAGGAUGCCUCCAACAGCAUAUCACUUACGGCGUACGAUAUGUCGAAAGCUAACGCCAUCCUUUCACGGUUGCAACAAGCUCUGGAUGGGCGUCGUGGAUUAGCCUCAGAAUGUCGGAAGUUUAGGUUCUCGCAGAUCAGUAAGUCUUCUAAGGUAGAGGCUGAGAACAAGAAUGACGCGAGCCAAUCGAAGAGCAAGCCCCCUGAUACGGUUAAGACGGUGGUUAGUUGUGAUACAACAGCAACCAUGACUGUCAACACAAACCAAACUGUUUACGGCCAUGCAAAGGAUACAACAUUGUUUGUGCCUCAUGGAAAAGCAGCCUUCAUCAAGGACUGUGUAGGUUGCACAAUCCUAGCCCUUCCCAUCGCUGGUUCCGUCUUUGUCUCGGACUGCUCCAACUGCACGUUGUAUGUCGCUUGCCAUCAGCUGCGUCUGAAAGAUUGCCAUGAGGUUGACGUCUACGUGUGUUGCGCCUCCAUACCCAUCAUUGAGCGAUGCGAUGGGAUGCGCUUUGGUCCGUAUUACUGCUGGAGCGGACUGUUAAGAUCCGCGAUGGAUGAUGGCCGCACGUACGAUAGCCACAUUGAAUGGGUACAUGAGGUGGGUGAGAUACAAAAUUCAGAACGUAUGGAAAGCUCUUUCAAGGGUGUGAAUGAUUUCCAGUGGCUGAAAAGGUUACCAAGCCCGCAUUGGCGUGUACUUGAUGUGAAGGAGAUGAAGGAGGUGGCCACUGUGUUUCAAGCACCUGUAUCGCAGACCUGUUGACGUCCGCCUCAUGAGGCAACUGUGCUAUUCAUUAGCCCAUGAAUGCUUGUGCAAAUAAUAAAAGAAGGAUAAAA